AUGUUUUACCACCGGGUACUGGUCACGAUGCUGUUGGUGAGCGCUUGCCUGUGUCUACCGCGGUCGCUAAGCAGCAAACCGCAGCGCGAAGACGACGGUGAUGAAACAUUUUUGUCCGUUUUAAGAAAUUUUGUUCGAAGCAGUGUAGGUCAGCAGAAGGAAUUUCUUGGGUCGUUGCUGGACACCGUCUCCGAGCCGUGCAGAAACUGCCGCACAGCCGGCAGAGUUGUGACGGAUGCACCACUACCCAAAAGAACUGACAACACUGGCUUAAUCGGUGGAACGUUACUGCACGCGGCAAACAUUUUGAACAACAUGAUGAAAAUGGAAUUGGUCAAUCGUAAGUUGGAACAGUUGAAGGCGACCGGCGAUAUAUACCAGUUUAUUCAUGGAAUAAACCCUUGA